GAUACUGAAGAUAGAUCUAGUAUUGAACCUGAAGAUAGACCUGGUAUUGAACUUGAAGAGAACAUUGAUAUUAUUAGUGAAUUAGAUAAUAUCUCUAAAAAUACAGAUAAUUAUCACAUAGGCACCUACCUCCAAUCCGCAUUGAGAUCUACCAUGGAAAAACUUUUGGAACUUGGAAAGAAUAUCAGGAGACAUUAG